GUAUUAGGAAUAGGUGAUAGUAGGCCGUCAGCCAAGACGAUGUCGUCUUCUGGUAAUGGUCGUUCGAAUAAUGAUCGUGCAGAUCAAUUGCGACGCGAAGAGCAGGAAAGGAAGGAUCGGGAACUAGCGGAACGACUUCAAAGAGAACAAUCCGAUGAUACACCACCAGCAGUUGCCAGAAGAGGUCGAAACAGAGCUGCAGCACGAGAAAGAGCAAGUCCAUAUUCACGUUCACGGAUAAGAAGCACCGCAGGAACGUCAGAUGCUGGACCAUCUUCAUCCAGCUCAGUCAGAGGUCGAGGCACCAGAGGAACAACGUCUGCAAGACGUGGAAGAGGAUCGGCAAGGGGUGGUGAAGCGACGAUGAAUCGAACACGUGCAAAUCAGCAAAUAUCCGAGAGUCCGAACCGGCGUCGUUCGACACGCCAGACAAGAAAUCCUAACCCUCAAAUGCAAUUUGAAGGAGAUCGUGUUCAAGUACGCCAGGGAGAUGAAAUACGUGAUAUAACGGCGGAAACCUAUUUCCCAGAUGACGACGAUGACAGUGAUUAUACGCAGAGCGACAAUGAAGAAGAAGAAGAACGAAAUGCGACGAUUACAAUCUCAUCAUCUGAAUCUGAUGCAGACUCUGAGGCUGAAUCUGAUCAUGAAGAAAGAGACAUGCCACGUGCAUUUAAUCCAAGAGGAUCAUAUGCAAGAAGCGGAAGAGGUCCAGGAGGCCGUGGUAGAGUGAUAACACCUGGAAGAUAUCGUGGAAGUGGCCAACACAACAUCAGUGCAGAUUAUAUACGUGAUCUACUUCAUUCCCGUAUAUAUCCUGAUAAUCCACGAAGAGAUCCACUUUACCGUUCUGGAUUGAAUAAUGAAGAUGAAAGUGAUCCUGAGAAUGUAGACGCAGAUUCUGAUGAUGAUGAAGCUCAAUCAAAUGGUUCAUCAGUUAUUGAUCUAAGUGAUGAUGAUGAUGUUCUGAUUAUUGGUGGAAGGGGAGCAGUUCAUGCCGAUAGAAAUCACAUAAGACAACCGAUAUUCGACGAAGAUCGUGUCAUGUACAAUCAUGAACUAGAAUUGUAUCAUGAUGAAGAAGAAUAUAUCGUUCCAGCUGCAAAACCAGUGUCAGCUGGAGGAAAACUAGUUGAACCAGAUUCCACGUGGGGAGAUUGUACAAUGUGUUCCAAUCCACCAAUAAAACCACAAGGAUGCAAAAAGUGCCUACAAUUCCUUGGAUGUACAGAUUGUGUUCGUCGUUGGUAUGCAGCCCGUAAAGGUUCAAUGGAAGGAUCAUCAUGUCCACUUUGUCGUGCUCCUUGGACUGGUCGUGCCGGUGUUCUGAUGAUGACAACAAUUCAGAAAAAUGUGAAGAAAGCCGGUAUAACAUCAGCAAACACUUCAUCCGAUUCAUCUUUGCCUUCUACUUCGAGUCUCCCAAACAAUUGAUCUUAAUUUCGGUUAUUCCUCCCAUAUUGUACCAAGAUUCUCAUUCAUUCUUAUAUUUUAUAGUUGUGUGCGUUAUCAUGUGGUUAUUUAAAUUAUACUUACUUUUUUGUCAAAUUGAUGUCUUACAUGACAACUUGUAAAGUAUUGAUUCCAC